GGGUGGGCCGAACCGAAAAGCACGCACGCCAGGUUUCGGAAGCAGCGUCACGACGACGACGUCGUCCGCCACUCCUCGUCUCGGCACUUGGACAAGCCAAGCCUCACGCGAAACGGGUUCCUCCGUGCGGCGGCAACCCACUGCCCCGCGCGGUUUCUUCCCAGCGGAAGCCUACUCCCAGCAACCGCUCCCCCAUCUACCUCCUUCCUUCCUCUGCACCAAACCCCACGCCCCCUCACCAAACCAGACCCGGCCCCGGCGCUUCAGCCGAGGAAGGGAUGCUGCUGAUGGCCGCGCCCGGCGCCGACGACCACCAGAGGCGCCGCCGGGGACGGCCGCCGUCCGCCGAUCUGCUCCUCAACUGCGACCUGCCCCCUCCGGCCAAGCUCUUCGGCCCGCUCCCGGCUUUGCACCUGCCGAGGGAAAGGUUGGGGAGCACGGGCGGAGCCGACGAGAAGGGUAACGGCGACGGUAAGGACAGCCUGCUGCGGGCGCUGCGCCUGUCGCAGUCGCGGGCGCGGGAGGCCGAGGAGAAGCUGGCCGCCGCGGCCGCCAGCAGCGGAGGCCUCGCGGCGCUGCUCGUGCGGGACUCGGUGGCGCUCUCGGCGCACCGCCGGUGGGUGAUGAUGCUCGAGGCCGAGAAUUCCGCGCUCAGAGCAGGAGGAGUAGGAGCCGCCCGUGCGGAGACCGAGGAGCCCGAGGAGGAGGAUGGCGCGGGGGCCGCCCGGCACCCGGUGGCCGCCGCGUGGUGGGUCGCGCUGGCGGUGUGCGUAGGCCUCGCGCUCGGCAACCUCCUGCUCUGAUCUGGAACUAAUCAUCCUUGAUUUGAUUUGACUUUUCGUAAAUCACCCGACGAUCCAGUGCAGUGCUCCAGCGCUUGUUUGUUUGUGUGAAAAUGUUACUGACAUCUACUCCAGUUGAUGCUUAGCAUGGGAAACCUCGUGCUGUUGGUAGAUAGAUAAGAUAAAUGGACGAAAUCAAGAGGGGAAACCUCGGAGGAUUGGUAGGUUGAACAUGACGCUGCCGUAUCCGUCUCUGCACGCUAUCAGCAGAUUCGUGCCAGUGACUUGUAGGUUAGUGAGUACUGCAAUUUAGCCUCGUUUGGGUGUCGGGAUGCCUUCAAGUCGUGGGUGUGCAUGUGUGCAUUCAUAGAGAUUAGUGUAUGCGCGUGUAUAUGAGCGCUUGUGUCUGUAUUGUGUUAAAAUAGAGAUUAGUGUAUGCGCGUGUAUAUGAGCGCUUGUGUCUGUAUUGUGUUAAAAAAAAGUCGUGUUCAAUAUGGGA